AUGGACGAAGAUGAUUCAAUUUCAGAAAAAUCAAACUCAGUAGCUUUCAUCCGUGAAGUAAGACCGGCAAAAAUUCAAGUCGACAAAUCAAUCGGUGGAGUUGAAGUGCAAGUAGUACCCAACAAUACGACAAAUGUACCAGUUCACGUCCCCCAACCGGAAACACUACCGAUCCAAGAUAAAUCAAAGUGGUUUCAAGGAGCAUCAUCGAAAGAAGAAUCUGAUAAAGCAUUCGCGGUACUAGCCUCAAAGAAAGAGACUUUAGAAUUAACAAACGGCGAUGUCAUUCAUAAUGGAAGGAUCUUACGAAGCGGAAACGCUCAAAUGAAACAAUCCUUAGCCCCUUUAUCACCUGGCUUGACAAUUAUUCUUAAAGGACUUACAUCAUACAUUCAACUAACGGUCUUCGAUGAAGAAUGGUUAAUAAAAGAUCAAAAAGCGUGGUCUUCAAGAACUACAAAAUCCGAUAAGAAGGAAUCAGGAGAAGCUAGAAUAUACGGGGGAGAAGCACCUGUAGAAGAACUCACUAUUGACUAUGAAGUUUGGGGAGAUUGCAUAGAAUUAUUCUGCACCCAUUUAACAGAAUGUGGAUGGAAACCUGUAGCAGACAAAUUUGAAAGUCAUAUUGCGGUGGUGAAGAAGCUCCGUAAAGACUUCGGAUGGAUGGUAGCCUUGAGGUAUUGCCGAUUGGUGAGGCAAGGUGUAAUGCGCGAAACCGUGGAUAAAUCAGUCGGUAACUACGCGGAACUUCAAGAAGCAUUAUUAGUUGAAGCAAAGACCACGGCAGAAAGUUACAAUGAAAGACAUUAUAAAACCAAUCCAUACGCACCGGGUCGACCAAAAGCUCAUUUAUGUCCUUUAACCAACAAACCGAAGACCAUUACGACGACGAGAGAGUCAUCUGGAACGGUUGAGAACCGACACGCCAAUACCAGUAGCUAUAAAGGUAAUGGAAGGCGUGGAAAAGGCGGUGGUAAUUAUAAAGGAAGACAUGAUGAUGGAAGGAGCUGGAGGAAAGAUGACCGCUAUGGAAAUGAUCAAUACGCUAGUCACAGAGACAAAAGCAGAAGCCCCAACCGUAGAGAUAAGGAUGGUAAACCUGUCAAAGGAAAAAGAGCGUGA